AUGAAAGCAUUUCAAGAACAGAUAUUUAAUCCUGUUGUGAAAAUUGUAAAUAGUGAUGGUCUAUCUCCAAUACUAGAAAUAUUUAACAAGAGUAAUUACGUUUGGAUGGAUGAUACACUUUCUUUCACAGUGUUAGAGAUUUUGGAAUUAAUUUCUCUCUCUCCAGUUUCACACAUCCCAAUUGCAGAGACUGAAGUAUUAAGCGGUAGAUCUGGGCUUUCUUUACUGUUGGGCAGCUCUACUGUAGAGAAUGAACCUCAAAUUGUAGAGGCUGCUCUUCGAACGAUUCAUAACAUGUUCUUCUCACAUUCUAAAAUAGUAUCAGCCCUGUUACCGAUAAGAAAAACCCUAUUCGAAUUAUUCCGUAAAAACGAUGGUAUUCGAGUACUGCUUGACGAUUUACAAAAUUAUGAUGAUCCUAGUAAUAUGAACCAAGUACGAAAACUUUGUUGCGGUAUUUUGAUAGGUCUUUCAGAUGAGCCCUCAAUCAAUCAAAUUCUCUUCAAAGUAGAACUGGGUCAAUUAUUGACCGACAUUAUGAAAGACAAGCAGCAAAAUGAAGAACAGUCGGAAUCAUUUAAUGAGUUGAAGGAGGUGGUAUUGAAGCUACUAGAAAAAGUCACCGGAAGAGAAUCCAAAACAGUUAUUAGAGAAGCAAAAGAUCACACUCUGGUUCGGUUGGAAAAGGCCAGUAUUGUCGCCAACACAUAUAUCACAUACAAACAGGACGAACUCUUACAAAUCAUUCAUGAAUAUUUGAAAGAUAAGGGUCUUUCUAAAACAGCCGAGUCCCUACUUGCGGAAGCAAAAAUCACUCCUAAAAACACAAUUGUGUCUCCUUUCAUUCCCAAACCAAAACCUGUACUCGAUAGAAUCGUUGUAAAUUAUUUAAGGCAGCAACAUAGAGAGUGUGAGGACCCAAUUUCAGUAUUGCCUGAAUUUUCACUCUUCCACAAACAUUCUUGCCCAAAACCUGGCAACUCUUUGAAGAGCGCCAAGUGCAUUACAAAACGAUUGAACAUGUCAAGAAUUUGUCGAGAGCCUCAAUAUCUAGGAUUUGAUUUUCAUAAGAAAAAUCGAAAACAUAUUUACUCACGCCUAUCGUAUUCACGUCCAUUAAUCACCCAGUCGGAUCACAUCACUUCAGUUUCAUUUGGUCCAGAUAGUUCCAGUCUUUAUUUCACAGGUGAAGAGGGUGACAUUUAUGUUUGUGACAUAAAAAGUGGAGAUGUAGAUUCACACAAAAUUGUGGAAUAUGGACCAGUUCGGGGAAUUCAAUUCUCAACGGAUCGCCUGAUUGAGCCGAAAAUGUUGGCUUGGGGAGAAAAUUGCAGUUACCUUUACAGUGUUUCAAAUUUAACGAAACCAAUUUUUGAGUUUAAUGAUUGCUUUGCCUCCAUGUUCAGCAAUGGAAAUGAUUUGGUAGUGACUUCAAGUUUUAACACAACACGAAUCUAUAACUUGGCACUACAAGAGAAAAUAGCUGAACUGACAGACGCAACUGAAGAGAACAAUACGGUUGCUUGCUUUAGCCCCUACGAUGAUUUGAUUCUCACCAAUGCAAGUCUUUGGGACUUUCGAAUGUCUCCUAAGGCUGUUCACCGAUUCGAUCGUCUUUCUCAGGUCUAUGUGAAUGUUUUCAAUCCCAACGGUUUGGAAGUGAUCAUUAAUAGUGAAAUUUGGGACUUGCGUAUGUUGAAACUUCUCUCAACUUGCGCUCCUCUCCGUGAUGCUAAAUAUGUGAAAUUUAGUAGCGAUAAGGAAGCCAUGUUUGUGGGAUACAAUGAUUACUCUUCAGGAAACAUUCAUGAUAUCAAUUCAAACACAUUCAAGAUUGUCGAUUCAUCGUCGUAUCAGCUUCUUGCUUCCCACACAUUCGAUAAGAACAGUACCAUUGUGGAUUUUGCCAUUGAUCCUGUGUACAACCAAUUCGGACUGGUGACGAGCAAUGAUACGAAAAACCUUAAUCAUUUGAAACUUUAUGAAUUUGGAAAAUCAAGACGAGAUGCCUCCUAUGACGAGGAUGAAGAAGAAUUUAUGGAUGAAGAAGAGGGCGAAGAGCACGAAGGAGAGGAAGAUCAAGACGAUUUAUUUGACCAUCCUUUAUUCCAUGACGAUGACUACAUGUCAGACGAUGACGAAAGUAUUAUCAUUUUGGAUGCUGAAGAUGAUAUUGUUAUUGACGAUUUUGACGAGGAAAUGGAUGAUUUAGAAGAUGAGGAGGACGAUGAGGAAGAUGAAGACGAUGAUGAUGUUAGUGAACACUUGAUUAUUGAACUAGAUGAUGAGAGUGAUGAUGAAUAA